AUGGACACCGGUCGGCUUUCCCUUGGCCGCGUCUCAAGCAAGAAGACCGCUGGCCAUAAGGUGGCGGAGGUGCCCGAGGAAGAGUCCGACUCGGACGACGCGCUUUUAGCCACUGCCCUCCCACGUGUCAACGGGGUUGCGCCUCUGGUCGACUCGGAAGAAGAUGGCUUCGGCGAGGAAGACGAGGACUCGAACGAUGAAUGGGAAAUAGACUCACUCUUUGAAGACACUCUGGAAGAGAUGGGAGACGAGCACCUCUUCGAAGGUGAGCCAAAUGCGUGUACGCUCGAAGAGGCCGGCGCCUUCAGACAACAGCUACGCACCAUCGGCCCUGAGGAGUUUUGCAAGAGGACCGUUGAAGCUGGCACUAUCAGUGCGAAAAAGCUAUUGACUGCAUUUGGUCUCCGACCGCCCCCUUUUCUCGAGGGGUCACCUGACGAUGCCUAUUAUGGCCUUCUCAGUCUCGCCAUCAGUCGCGAGCUCUCCAAACGGAUUAAGCUACCACAGUAUAACACCGUUGACGAUGCGGUUGAGCUCAUCAAGAAAUCAAAUAACAUCAUCGUUCUCACUGGCGCAGGAAUCUCUACCUCUCUCGGCAUUCCCGAUUUCAGAUCGAAGGACAUAGGUCUCUACUCCAAAUUAGAACACCUUGGCCUGAACGAUCCUCAAGAAGUCUUCGACAUCGAGAUCUUCCGGCAAGAUCCGAAUAUCUUCUUCUCAAUUGCGCGCGAUAUCCUGCCGUCGACGGACCGAUUCACGCCUACUCAUGCUUUCAUUUAUCUGCUGCAGCAGAAGGGAAAACUCCUGACUAACUACUCUCAGAACAUUGACAACAUCGAAUCGGUGGCGGGCAUCCUCCCCGAAAAGCUUGUCCAGUGCCAUGGGUCUUUCGCAACGGCCUCCUGUGUGGAGUGUAAAUACCAAGUGCCGGGCGAGACCAUUUUCCCAGAUAUCAAGGCCGGGACCAUCCCUCGCUGUGACCGAUGCAUAGCCAACCUCCGGGCCCUUCGCGCCCCAGCCGCUAUGAAGCGCAAGCGCUCUCAGAAUGGUCACGACAAGAGGAAGCGUCGGUUUGAUUCCGACGCCGACGACUCGUCGGAAGAAGACUACGAUAUCCCAGCUGCGGGGGUCAUGAAACCAGACAUCACGUUCUUCGGCGAAGCGCUCCCCGAUAAAUUCUCGGAGCGUCUCACCAACCACGACAAGAACCUCGUUGACCUGGUCAUUGUCAUCGGCACGUCGCUCAAAGUCGCACCGGUCUCCGAGGUGGUACCUUACCUGCCGGCGCACAUCCCGCAGAUGUACAUCUCGCGGACGCCGGUCUCGCAUGUCAACUUCGAUGUUGAUAUGCUGGGGGACUGCGAUGUGGUAGUUGCCGAGCUGUGUCGGCGUGCGGGAUGGGAUCUCAAUCAUGAGAUGGUGCCCAAGAACCAGAAGGUGGACAUCCGCUUGCAAGAAGGGUUCACAAGUCGGCACAUAUUUACCGUUAAGCAGUAG